AUGUUAGAACAAACUUCAACCAAUUCAAUAAUUAUUAUAAUGCCUCGAACAUGUGCCAUAGAAAAAUGUAAACAUAAAUCACGUUCAAUAUGUCCAUGUUGUAAUAAAAAUCUUUGUCAUAAUCAUUUAAAAGAACAUGAUGAUUUAAAUAAUCCUCAAUUAAAUCCUUUAAUUAAUCAAUUUAAUAUAUUAGAUGAACAACUUAAAUCAUCAAAUACAGACAAAUUAAUUGGUGAUUGUCGUCAAAAACUUAUUCAAUGGCGUGAUAAUUGUCAUAAAAUGAUUAAUCAAUUAUAUGAACAAAAAAUUCAUGAACUUGAUCAACGUUGUUUACAAAAACUUGAUGAACAACGAACACAAUUAAAUCUAAUACGUUCAAAAAUGACUGAACUCACACGUCAACAAGAAAAUAAUCAAAAACAUAUAGAUUCAACAACAUUAACUAUUCGUCAUAUUCAUGAAGAGAUAAAAGCUAUUGAAAAUACACAUUUACAACUCGAUAUUCGUCCAUUAACAAUAGAUGAUAGUUUUAUUUUUAUUGAAGAAUUUGAACCAAAUAAAUGUAAUUUAGUAAAUCUUACAACACCUUAUCGAACAAUUGAUUGUUCAGAUCGACAUCCAAAUUUAUGUUUAAUUAAUCAAAAAUUUGAAAUAAUAAAACAAUGUCCAUGGAAAUUUGAUUUUAUUCGUGAUAUGUGUUGGUCAUCAACAUUAAAUUGUUUUAUUGUAAUAACAAGAAGUCGUGAAAUUUAUCUUGUUAAUGAAAAAACUUUAGCAACAGAACUUAUUCAAACAAUUGAAGAACAAGAUUGGUCAUCUUGUACAUGUUCUGAUACAUCUUUUUAUUUAACUGCACGUCGAGAAGGAACAAAUAUUUAUGAAUUUAAUCUUUUAUCUUCAUUUACUUUAAUAAAACGAUGGAAACCUCCACAUUCAUGUAAACAAUAUGAAGUUAUACUUAAUACUGCAUAUAAAAAUAAAACACUUGCUUUAGUUAUUUCACAUUGUUCAACUAGUAUAGUACAUUUCGAACUUCGUUCAUCAAUAACACUCGAUCGACUUUGGUCAAUUGAACUUAAUAUUUCACAUAGAAUUGGUCAACCAUUAAUACGUUGUUCUUCAUUGAAAUGUGAUGAAUGGCUUGUUGUAGAUAACAAUACUUCACAACUAUUUCAUAUUAGAAAAGAUGGACAAAUUAAAUCUGUAUAUCCAUGUAAUCCAUCACCUUGGAAUGCUGUUAUGUUUGGUUCUAAUCUAUUGGCUAUACGAACUAAAAACAGUGUCAAUUUUCAUAAAUUAUAA